AUGGCCCCCCGGCCCCGCGCCCCCCUCGCCCCCCUGGCCCUGGCCCUGCUGCUGGCGAUCGGUGCCCUCGCGUCCGAGUGGCCCCCCCAAAACGCCAGCGAGGCCGAGGGCUGGGAGGAGAGCAGCCCCCCACGGCGGGACCCGCCCGGCAGAGACCCCCCGGGGGGGCCCAGCAACGGCACCAGCCCCGGGGCGACCACGGUGGGCGAGGAGCCCCCUGCGGGACCCCACCCCGGCCCGGCGGGGGACGGCCAAGCGGCGGUGACCUGGCCCGGGGACGGGGAGACGGUAGCGCUCGGUAGCCCCGAGGAGCCGGGGAGCGGCGAGAGGCCCACACGAACCUCCCUGCCCAGCCCUGGGGGUCCCGGGGCCGCCCCGCCGAGCCCCCCCGCCCAGCCGUCGCCCACCGACUCCGCCGAGACGGCCGGGGGCUCGGCAGCCCCUCUGACCCCCGUCUUGGGCCACCCCGGCCCCGACUCGGGGGGUCCCCCGGAGUUCUGGGGGGCCGCAUCCAGCCCGGCCCCGGCGCAGGGGGCUCGGGGCCGAACCGAUCUGACCUGGCUGGAGGAACCCGGGACCAUCACCCCGGACCCGGCCGAGCUGCCCACCGACCGGGCGGCCUCGGAGAUCAUCGACGUGGAUUACUACGAUUUGUUCGAGGGGGGCGAGGGGCUGGGGGGCUUCCCCGGGGGCAGGCGGGGGGGGCAGGCGGGGGGCUCGGGGCGGCGGCGGGAGCCCGAGGGGGCGGCCACGCCGUGGGGGCUCCACGACCUCUACGACGACUUCACCUCCUUCGACGAAGCCGAUUUCUACCCCACCACCUCCUUCUACGCCGAGGGCGACGAGGAGGGGGACGAGAUGGAGGAGGAGGAGGAGGAAGAUGAGGAGGAAGAGGAAGAUGGCGGGCUAGAGGACGAGAACGGCUACCGGCCACCCGCCUCCCCCCUGCCCGGCCUCCAGCCGGCCCCGCGGGACCCCGGCCCCACCGAUCGCCGGGAGAUGGCCCCAGCGCAGCCCCCCAGCCCCACGGCCCGGGCCCGGCCCGAGAACGGCAGCGAAUGCCCGAGCGGGUACGUGAGGCACAACAGCUCCUGCCGCUCCCUCUGCGACCUCGUCCCCAGCUACUGCCACAACGGCGGCCAGUGCUACCUGGUGGAGAGCCACGGGGCCUUCUGCCGGUGCAACACGCAGGACUACACGUGGCACAAGGGGACACGCUGCGAGGCCAUUGUCACCGACUUCCAGGUGAUGUGUGUGGCCGUGGGCUCAGCUGCCCUGGUGGUGCUGCUGCUCUUCAUGCUCACUGUCUUCUUUGCCAAGAAGCUCUACCUGCUCAAGACAGAGAACAGCAAACUGCGCAAGACCAAAUACCGCACCCCCUCUGAGCUGCACAAUGACAACUUCUCCCUCUCCACCAUCGCCGAGGGCUCCCACCCAAACAGAGAAGCAAAGGGCUGUGCUGAGCGGGACCUGGAGGAGGACCUUAGGUCCCUCUAA